CUGCAAGGCUGGAAGCCCCGUGCUCCUAUCCCUGCUCUCUCUGAGCGCUCCCGGAGCUCCAGCCUGAUGGAAGGGGCCAGCCCCACAUGUUGUGCGGUGUUACCCCUGCCUCUGCCAGGAUGCGCCCUGCGAGGCAAGGCAGAAACCCCUGGAGAGGUCCAUCAGCUGCCGCAGCAGCAGCAAGCACCGCGCCGCACGGAGGCACUGGCAGUCCUGCCCGCGUUUGGCUCUUCCCACCCCACUGACGCGCUCUCCGUCUUCUGUGUGCAGGAUGCCCCAAGCCCCAGUGGGACCCAAGCCUCCGCGUUGUCCCAGAGAAGCUGCUUUAUGGGGACAAGGAGGAGCUGACACUGAGCUGCCUCACUGGGGAUGAUCCUCCUCUCGCUGUGAUCAGAUGUGCUGCAUGGACAGACUGGGAAUAUGCUUGGGAGGUGAAGGACAUGCAGGGAACGUGGCAUCGCAUGGAAAUGCGCCUGACCUGCACAGGAACAUGCCAGAAACCCCAGUGGGACAGAAGGAUCACGCUUGUCCCAAGGAAAGGCAACUACACACUGAACGAGGAACUGAGGCUGUCUUGCCCUGGACGUGUCAAGCCCUCCUUCACCAACGCCAAAUGCGCGAGGGAAUUUCAAGGAGUGACUUCUGGAAAACCUGUCUUUGGGGUCAGCUGGUGGGGGAGGUACGGCACAGGCGCCUGGACCCGCAUUGAGGAGCCCGUAGCGUGCGUGGUGAAAUGCUCAAGGCCCCAGUGGGACCCUGACCUUCGUCUGAUACCAGAGCAGGACGUCUAUGAGGAGGAAGAAGAAGUGAAGCUGAGCUGCCCUGAGGGUUCCCAGCCCCCCUUCCAGCAGGCUAAAUGUGCAUGGAGAGCUCAGGCUGUGGCUACAGGGGAACACAAGGGUACCUGGACACAGAGAAACAACUUGGGACGCUGGGUCCGCAUUGCGGGCCCCAUGAAGUGCACCAAAACAUGCCAAAGGCCCUUGUGGGACCUAGCACUCCAUCUAGCACCACACCAGGAGGUGUACAAGGAGAACGAAGAAGUGAUGCUGAGCUGCCCUGAGGGUUUCGAGCCAUCUUUCAGCCACAUCAAAUGUUCAAGAGAAGUCCAGUCCAUCAGCACUGGGAAACCUGUGUACAGAGAAUACAGAGAAGUUUGGAUGGGAAAGGACCCGGGAGGUGCCUGGACCCGCAUUCUCUCCAAGGUGGAGUGCGUGGGAAAAUGCCAGAAGCCCCGAUGGGACCCCAGAUUAAUCUUUGUCCCAGAACGGGCAUCCUACAUCCUCAAUGACGUGGUGACGGUGAGGUGCCCUGAAGGGUACUGGCCUCCUCUCAUGAAGAUCACCUGUAUACAGCCUACCCCAAGCCAAGGCUCCCCAACUCCUCAGAGGUUCUGGUUUGUGAGGAGCAGCACUGGCCCCUGGGAGUCUCUGGAUCAGCGGCAGACCGUGACGUGUGUGGAGGCCUUCCAGGUUGUGCCUGGGACCUUGGAGGUUUCCACCACCGGCAUCAAACUGAACUGGACCUGCAGUCUGCCUGAUGUCUGUGAGCGCAUGCAGGCCAUGUGCAAGCUGGCAGGGCCUUCCUCCCCUCCCUGUGAUGCUGAGGAGGUCACGGCACAGGAGAUGCUGCGCGGCCAGAAGGGAACAUUUACCUGUUCCCCUCUGCAACCCUUCACUGACUACAGUGUCACCAUCUCAGUGCCCCCCAGCUCAAUCCUGUUCACACAGCUCCUGAGGACAAAGGCAACAGUGCCCGAGAAGCCGGAGCGGCUGUGGCUGGAUGCCAGCACGGGGACGCUGCGGUGGCAGGCACUGCCCUCCUGCAAAGGGGAGAUCCUUGGAUACCAGCUGAACGUCACAGCCAGGAGCGCGCAGGACGGCAGCUUCCUUGAAUUCCAGCAGGUGACAGUGAACAGCUCUGUCACCCAGUACACGCCACCUCGUCAGAUGCCGGGGAGCAAAUACACGGUGACAGUCCAGGGCCUGACGGCCGCUGGUGCCGGCGAUGCAUCCCACCUGGAAUUUCAAGCCUAUGUCUCGGUUUCAGGGCAGCCUCCAGGCCCCUGGCCAUGGACUGCAGUCACUGUGGUGGCUGUGCUGUCUGCGGUGGUCAUGCUGUCUGCUGGGAUCCUGUGGUUUGUGAUGUGCAGGAGGAGGAAGGCCUUGCCCAGGAAAGCCGAGGAGGACCAUUACACAGAGCUCCAGCCCUAUGAAAACUCGGACCAUUACUGUGUGAUCAAGGAGAGAUUUCUGGCUGAAGAAGACGCAGGUAGAGGUGGCUGGGCUGGAGAGCGACCGUCCCUGUCGCUGUGCAGGACCUUGGAAGACCACAGUGGGUGUAAGAGAGCAGAGAUUGCAGGGAGGACGACCCCAGCUUAGUACUGAUGGCUACCAGGACCCCGUCUCUCAUGUGACUGUGACCAGCACUGGGGGUCUCGUCCAGGCAACAAAAACACGAGGACUGCAGCUGUUUCUUUCAGGGCACAAAGCCACUGUCCUCUUCAGCCCUCCUGGCCUUGCAGGGAGAGACAGUGGUGAGAGGCUUCCCAGACUGACUGUGGGAAGAGGCACUGGGUGCCCCUGGGCCUUCUCCUACCCUAUGGGGCCUGGCGUCUUUGGAGGCCUCCUCAUGGCCCUUUCUCGAGUUUUGGUGCUCCACAGCUGUAAGCAGGACCUCUUACAGCUUGUGCUGGGUUAUUGUUUCCCCUCCCAUCUCUCAUCUGUCACCAGCACCCUCUGCUACAGAGCAGGAGCUGCCCAAUGCCUGGUCCGACCUGCCUGUGCCAGCGAAGGCAUGUUUUGGCUGUCCUCCAGUGCUCUGGAUAAGCCAUCUGCCCCUCAUCCUAGGGCCUGUGUCCGGCCUCUGCGACCAAACAGGAGCACACCUGUUGGUGUGACCUGCUUGCUCUGAUGGAGCUGCUCCCAGUGGAUAUCGGGCAGAGAGGGAAAGGGUGGGCUCAAGCCAGUGAUGGCUGAGAAAGGGGAAUGAGGAGGUUUGUGAGGUGGGGGAACUGAGGGUCGGUUUGUGCUCCUUCCACCUCCUGGGUUCCUACCUUCUUUCCACUCCCCUGCCUUCACCACUCUGCCUGCUCUGUUUGGACAACCAAUAAAGGCCUGUGGUUUGGAGAAGGCUGCCGCUCUGUUACAUCU